CAAAAGCAAAAAAAGAACUAAACAAGGAAGGAAGGAGAAAGAGAGAGGAUAAAGCGAUUCGAUCGAUUCUCUUUUCGUUCAUCGAAGCUAAACCCAUCAACGAAUCCAAACUACAUUGAUUCCUAAGCGAUGAGAACCGGCGGCGGCUUGUAUCUGAUGCACUCUCUGUCCUCUCCGUCGUCGUCGUCUUCUUCUUCGCUUAAUCUGAAGGAGGCAACGAAUUGGUGGUGGGACGUGAACGAAUCUCCGGUCUGGCAGGACCGUAUCUUCCACAUCCUCGCUGUUCUAUACGCAAUCGUUUCCGUCAUUGCCGUGAUUCAAUUGGUGAGAAUACAAUUGAGAGUUCCAGAGUACGGAUGGACGACGCAGAAAGUCUUUCACUUUCUCAAUUUCCUCGUGAACGGAGUUCGAGCUCUAGUGUUUGUCUUCAGGCGUGAUGCGCAGAACAUGCAGCCAGAGAUUCUACAGCAUAUCUUGCUUGACAUUCCAAGUCUUGUUUUCUUCACUACGUAUGCUCUUCUCGUCCUCUUUUGGGCUGAGAUAUACUACCAGGCACGUGCUGUAUCAACUGAUGGACUGAGGCCAAGUUUCUUCACUAUUAAUGCUCUUGUAUAUGUAGUUCAGAUUGCUCUUUGGUUGGUAUUGUGGUGGAAGCCUGUUCACGUUAUGGUAAUCAUUUCCAAGAUGUUCUUUGCAGGUGUGUCAUUGUUCGCAGCCCUUGGAUUUUUAUUAUAUGGAGGAAGGCUUUUCCUAAUGCUGCAACGGUUUCCAGUAGAAUCCAAAGGGAGGCGCAAGAAGCUGCAAGAGGUCGGUUACGUGACAUCCAUAUGCUUUACCUGUUUCCUCAUCAGGUGUAUCAUGAUGUGCUUUAAUGCGUUCGACGAUGCAGCAGAUCUUGAUGUCUUGGAUCACCCAAUCCUAAACUUCAUAUAUUACCUGUUGGUGGAGAUAUUGCCUUCUACUCUGGUCCUCUUUAUCCUAAGGAAGCUUCCACCAAAACGUGGUAUCACACAGUACCAUCAGAUUCAGUGAACUGAGAUUGUGUCCCAUGGAGAUGGAUGCAAACAAUCGAAACACCUGAGGUAAUACAAUAAUAUAAAGAGGAGCAUGUCAAACAGCUGAAAAUUGUGGAAAGUUAAAUCUCUUGUUUUUUAAGCAGGAGUUAGAUCGUUGGGGGGAGUUCUUAUUGCUCUUCAUAGAUAUAUAAUUUGUACAUGUAAAAGGAUUGAAGAAUGAUCAGUUGUGAUUUCUUCUUAGACUAAAUGAAUAUGGUUAACUAGUAGUA